GUUCCCCUGUUUCAGAGGGUAAAACGCGAAGAUGGAACCCAAAGCAAAUGGGAGGUCCCAGGCUCUUAUUCUUGGCCUUUUCGUCAAUUUAGUUCUGACUUUAGGCUCAAUAGCUUUCACAUACUAUUCUUUACAUCGAUUCGAUUCCCGUCUGACAGCAGUUGAACAAAAUUUACAGCUGACAAGUUCUCCGGAUCAGCUUGCUGAUCGUGUGAUCGCUCAGCCAACAUUUAAACAAUCGUCGCCGAGUGGACCACAAAUGAAAGAAGAUGACCGCGUCAAGAGAGCCGCUAAUAGGCAGUUCAUGUGCCACAAAUGUAGCAGUGCCUGUUUGAAGUCAAUUGGCCAUCGAAAUAAUUCAACCACGAGUGGAAGCCAACUAAAUGUAGUGUGUGUAGAGGCUCCAGUUAGACCUCAAGGUCCGCAAGGCUACCCCAGUCUACCUGGCCCUCCUGGUGCACCAGGCCCUCCUGGCCCUCAAGGACCGAGUGGCAAAAGAGGGAGAAAGGGUUCAAAGGGCGUACCAGGUCCCCGAGGAAAGCAGGGCUUGAGAGGAUUACCGGGACCCCCUGGAAAAUCUGCAUCAGAUGGGACAAACCAUGGCAGUGGAAACCAACUGGAGAUUCCACGUAUUAUUUCGAAACCACCCUCUUCCGAUCCCAUUAAAGAGAAAGAGAAAGUUACUCUUCCUUGUAAAGCUGUUGGCUUCCCACAGCCAAUUAUCACGUGGUACAAGAAUAAUGAGAUAAUAGACGAGGGAAGGAAGCAUUUUACAGAGUGGAAUUUGGAAUUUCAGGAAAUCAAGUUUGAAGACCGUGGUAUUUAUACCUGCAAGGCGGAGAAUUUGUUGGGACAUGCGAAGCUGUCGGUCAAUGUAACCGUGAAUGUACCACCAAAAUUCAUCACGAGACCAAAGAGUUUUGUGAAGGGUGUCAAGAAUUGGGACACUGUUAUUACAUGUGACAUAAUUGGCUACCCCACCCCGGCUAUCACAUGGACAAGACCUCCGAAGCAACUCUCUUCGAACAGGCAUAUCAUAGAUGGCAAGCAACUUACGAUUAGGAACACAAGCGAAAGCGACGGCGGAGGUUAUGUUUGCCAUGGGGUUAACUCAUUGGGAAAUGUGAUGGCUAUGACAUGGAUCUUCGUUAAAGAUGUCGUUAAUCCCUAUAUUGUCUCCAGUCCUCCAAGUAAAAUUGAGGUGGGGAGUGUUGGUGAUGCUGUGACGCUAAACUGUUCAGCUCGUGGCUCACCGCUACCUAGAGUCACGUGGUUCAAGAGUGGAAAACGCGUUGUUUCAACAGAAGAGGAUGAUGGGAGUGAUUUAUUAAAGAGUGGAGUCGUCAUUCCUUCCUUCCAGCACAGUGACGCUGGGGUUUAUACCUGUUUGUUUUACAAUGACAAGAAUAUGACAACAGAAGCCACAACAAGUCUAAGUCUGGCCAGUUGUGGUAACCCUGGUGCGCCACAAAACGGACAGAAACGAGGCUUACGAUACUGGUCCGGUGAAUCAGUCUCGUUUGUUUGUGAUCCACAGUAUCAUUUGACUGGUUCGGUCAUCAGAACGUGUUUAUCCUCUGGUAACUGGAGUGGAUUACAGCCAUCCUGCCACAGAAUUUGUCCUCCUUUGGAAAGUCCAGACCAUGGCGCCAUCAACGGACAACAAUUUUGGGAAGGGAAGACUGUUUCAUACACUUGCGCUUCUGGCUAUCAGCUUAGUGGAACCUCAGUGCGGCGAUGCUUAAAAGAUGGAACUUGGACAGAAAAUAAACCAGAAUGCCUUCCCCAGAAAAAAGACAAAUGGCCUGAAGGUCAUUACUGCAUUCUUGCCAGCGGAUCAUGUCCAGCAGGUUUUACUCGGUCCUCGGGUCACAUGCGGGCACUAAGUUUAUACAGUAGCAGUUCCUUCUACAUCACCCAGGCCCGGUUUGGGGACAGCAUGAUACAAUGUCAUGGAGGUUGCGGUCAAUAUGGGCAUUGGAUUGGAGAGAUUUACAUCAGAGCAUGCUGUAAAUAACUUCGUGUAAUGCCUGUGAAAUGGAAUAAAAGGCAUGAUGCUGAAAAACCUUCGUUUACAACGUCCUCAAACAACUCAUAGUUAGCCUGAUGUCAACAAGAUUGCAAAUUCUGAUCUAAACGAAGAAGCUUUUUUGCGUCAUAAGAAUAAGCUGUAGGAGUUUUCUUUGAAAUAGAGGCAAUCGAGUAAAAGGAUUAAUUCGACAGAAAUAAACAUUUGCAGCUGUAGGGUGUGUAACAAAGCGAGGUUUCUUGUUGGUACGCACAUUAAUCGCAUAGACUGCUGGCAAAGAUCAUAUGUAUGACCUUGUGAUCCCAAAUAAACAUUUACCACAUGGAAA